GGCGAGGGGAGGGCCUGCCAGGUGAGGCGCGGUCACCCUGGGCCUCGCACUUCCGCCCAGGUGAGUCAGGGCCGACACCGAGCCCGCCCGGCCCGGGCUCCCACCUGCUCCUCCGGCGCACCAGGUAUCUUUAAGAGUGAUUGAAGAGAAUAAUUCAAAAUGCCUGAAAAUCCUGCUACAGAUAAACUGCAGGUCCUGCAGGUUCUUGAUCGCCUGAAAAUAAAAUUGCAGGAGAAGGGUGACACAUCGCAGAAUGAGAAGUUAUCUACGUUUUAUGAGACACUAAAGAGUCCUCUCUUCAACCAGAUACUCACACUUCAGCAGUCCAUCAAGCAACUGAAGGGGCAAGGGCGGCACAUUGAAUAUAUAGAUAUAGAACGACCUUCAACUGGAGGUCUUGGAUUCAGUGUGGUGGCCCUCAGAAGUCAAAAUCUGGGAAAAGUUGAUAUCUUUGUGAAGGAUGUCCAACCAGGGGGCGUAGCAGACAGGGAUCAAAGAUUAAAGGAAAAUGAUCAAAUAUUGGCCAUUAAUCACACGCCAUUGGAUCAGAACAUUUCCCAUCAGCAAGCAAUUGCAUUAUUACAACACCCCACUGGAUCUUUGCAACUGAUUGUGGCCAGGGAACCGGUCCACACAAAAAGCAGCACUUCUAGCAGCCUGACUGAUACCACUCUGCCUGAAACAGUUUGUUGGGGCCAUGUUGAAGAGGUUGAGCUCAUUAAUGAUGGCUCUGGACUAGGUUUUGGAAUAGUUGGAGGAAAAACAAGUGGCGUGGUUGUGAGGACCAUAGUUCCUGGAGGAUUGGCAGAUCGAGAUGGAAGACUGCAGACAGGGGACCACAUCUUGAAGAUUGGUGGCACAAAUGUGCAGGGAAUGACCAGUGAGCAAGUUGCACAGGUUCUAAGGAACUGUGGGAAUUCAGUCAGGAUGCUCGUUGCUAGAGACCCAACUGGUGAAGUUUCGGUAACCCCUCCUGCCCCGGCAGCCUUGCCUGUCGCCCUGCCCACUGUUGACAGCAAGGGCCAUGGUUCUGACACUUCUCUUUUUGAAACUUACGAUGUUGAGCUUGUUAAAAAAGAUGGGCAGAGCCUUGGAAUUAGAAUUGUUGGCUAUGUUGGAACAUCUCAUACAGGGGAAGCUCCAGGGAUUUAUGUGAAAAGUAUAAUACCUGGCAGUGCUGCGUACCACAAUGGCAACAUUCAAGUGAAUGACAAAAUAGUUGCUGUCGAUGGUGUGAACAUUCAGGGUUUUGCCAACCAGGAUGUUGUUGAAGUAUUACGAAAUGCAGGGCAGGUGGUACACCUCACCCUAGUUCGAAGGAAGACAUCCUCAUCUACUUCUCCACUUGAAUCACCUUCAGACAGAGGAACUGUUGUAGAACCACCAAAACCACCAGUUGUCUUUCUAACUGGAAAAGUGGAAACUGAAACAAAUUUGGAUGGUGAAGAUGAGGAAAUUGAAGAAAGAAUGGUUAAUUUAAACAACGACAACAUACAAUUAGAAAAAUUGGAAAAAGUCCCAGCCUCUCCAGAAAAUGAGCUGAAAUCCAGAUGGGAAAACCUAUUGGGUCCUGAUUAUGAAGUAAUGGUUGCUACUUUGGACACACAGAUUGCAGAUGAUGCUGAGUUACAGAAAUAUUCAAAGCUGCUGCCUAUUCACACUCUGAGGCUUGGUGUGGAAGUGGACUCCUUUGAUGGGCACCAUUAUAUUUCUUCAAUCGUUCCUGGUGGUCCUGUUGAUACAUUGGGUCUCCUACAGCCAGAAGAUGAGCUGCUUGAGGUCAAUGGCAUGCAGCUGUAUGGAAAAUCUCGCCGAGAAGCAGUCUCCUUUCUUAAAGAAGUGCCACCCCCUUUUACUUUGGUUUGCUGUCGGAGGUUGUUUGAUGAUGAGGCUUCUGUAGAUGAACCAAGGCCCACUGAAACCUCUCUUCCUGAGACAGAGGUUGACCACAAUGUGGAUAUCAAUACUGAAGAAGAAGAUGAUGGGGAAUUAGCACUGUGGUCUCCCGAAGUCAAGAUUGUUGAACUAGUAAAAGAUCGUAAAGGUUUGGGAUUCAGCAUUUUGGAUUACCAGGACCCUUUAGAUCCUACAAGAUCAGUGAUUGUGAUCCGCUCCCUGGUAGCAGAUGGCGUAGCAGAAAGAAGCGGAGGACUAUUACCUGGAGACCGCCUGGUCUCAGUCAAUGAAUACUGUUUGGACAACACCUCACUUGCUGAAGCUGUGGAAGUAUUGAAAGCUGUGCCACCAGGCAUAGUAUGUCUUGGAAUCUGUAAGCCUUUGGUGGAAGAUAAUAAAGAAGAAGAAAGUUGUUAUAUUUUACAUUCAAACAGUAAUGAAGACAAGACUGAAUUUUCAGGAACAAUUCAUGAUAUAAAUUCAUCUUUAAUACUUGAAGCACCCAAGGGAUUUAGAGAUGAACCAUAUUUUAAGGAAGAACUUGUGGAUGAACCGUUUCUAGAUCUGGGAAAGUCUUUCCAUUCCCAACAAAAUGACAUAGACCACAGCCAGGAGGCCUGGGAGAUGCAUGAAUUUCUGACUCCUAGAUUGCAGGAAAUGGAUGAAGAAAGAGAAAUGCUUGUUGAUGAAGAAUAUGAGUUCUAUCAAGGUCACUCUCAGUCCAUGGAGUUGUAUCCCUUGUCGCACAUUCAAGAGGCCACUCCUGUGCCCUCCAUUAAGGAACUUCACUUUGGUACACAGUGGUUGCAUGAUAAUGAACCAUCCGAGUCUCAAGAGGCAAGAGCCGUGAGGAGUAUCUAUUCCCAGGAGGCACAGCAGUAUGGCUAUUGCACUGAAAACGUGAUGAAUGAAAAUUUUGUCAUGGAGUCCCUACCAUCUGUACCAUCAACUGAAGGAAACAGUCAGCAAGGCAGAUUUGAUGACCUGGAAAAUUUUAAUUCAUUAGCAAAAAGUAGUCUGGAUUUAGGCAUGAUCCCGAAUGAUGGCCAAGGUCCUAGCUUGCUCAUUGACCUUCCUGCUGUGGCUGAAAGUAGGGAGCAAGAAGAUUUGCCUUUAUGUCAACACCAAGCGACGCGAGUUAUUUCCAAGGCCUCAGCAUACACAGGAGCGUUGUCUUCUAGAUAUGCCACUGAUACAUGUGAAUUACCUGAGAGAGAAGAAGGUGAAGGAGAAGAAACUCCAAAUUUUAGCCACUGGGGUCCACCAAGAAUUGUUGAGAUUUUUAGAGAACCCAGUGUGUCCCUUGGGAUCAGUAUUGUUGGUGGACAAACUGUUAUAAAACGUCUAAAGAAUGGAGAGGAACUUAAAGGUAUAUUUAUCAAGCAAGUUUUAGAAGACAGUCCAGCAGGGAAGACAAACGCACUUAAAACUGGAGAUAAAAUACUUGAGGUGUCUGGAGUAGAUUUGCAGAAUGCCUCACACAGCGAAGCAGUCGAGGCUAUUAAGAAUGCAGGAAACCCCGUGGUGUUUGUUGUUCAGAGCUUGUCAUCCACUCCACGAGUCAUUCCUACUGUACAUAACAAGGCCAACAAAAUCACCAUUAACCAGAACCAGGACACCCAAGAAAAGAAAGAAAAGAGGCAAGGAACUGCUCCACCUCCAAUGAAACUGCCUCCUCCUUAUAAAGCUCUACCUGACGACAGUGAUGAAAAUGAAGAAGAAGAUGCCUUUACUGACCAAAAAAUCAGACAAAGAUAUGCAGAUCUGCCUGGAGAACUGCACAUUAUUGAACUUGAAAAGGAUAAGAAUGGACUUGGACUCAGCCUUGCUGGCAAUAAAGACAGAUCACGCAUGAGCAUAUUUGUGGUGGGAAUUAACCCGGGAGGACCUGCUGCAACAGAUGGGCGAAUGCAUGUUGGAGAUGAGCUCUUAGAGAUAAACAAUCAGAUUCUGUAUGGAAGAAGUCACCAAAAUGCAUCUGCCAUUAUUAAGACUGCCCCAUCAAAGGUCAAGCUGGUUUUCAUCAGAAAUGAGGACGCAGUCAAUCAAAUGGCCGUGACGCCUUUUCCAGUGCCAUCAGGUUCUCCAUCUUCUAUUGAGAUGAGGGACCAGAAGUUAACGUGCAUGCCCGAAGACUCAGAGCCUGAAGACAUGUCCCAGGUGAUUGGUCAAGGCAUGGUGGCAGAUCCGCAGAAGGCACUGGAAUACCCACCUGACAAUGUAUAUAACUUGUACUUUAGGUUUCACUCUAUUGGGGUAGUGUGCGUUCCAAAAGAAAAGGAGGCUGUCAGCCAGAUGAAACAGCAAAAAUAUCCAACGAAAGUCUCCUUCAGUUCACAAGAGAUACCAUUAGCACCAACUUCAUCAUACCAUUCAACAGAUGCAGACUUCACAGGCUAUGGUGGUUUCCAAGCUCCUUUGUCAGUGGACCCCGCAACAUGUCCCAUUGUCCCUGGACAGGAAAUGAUUAUAGAAAUAUCCAAGGGACGUUCAGGGCUUGGUCUCAGCAUCGUGGGAGGAAAAGACACACCAUUGAAUGCUAUAGUUAUCCAUGAAGUAUAUGAAGAAGGCGCAGCAGCCAGAGAUGGAAGACUUUGGGCUGGUGACCAGAUAUUAGAGGUUAAUGGGGUUGACCUGAGGAACUCCAGCCACGAAGAAGCCAUCACAGCCCUGAGGCAGACCCCGCAGAAGGUGCGGCUGGUGGUGUAUAGAGAUGAGGCACACUACCGAGAUGAGGAGAACUUGGAGGUUUUCCCUGUGGAUCUGCAGAAGAAAGCUGGCCGCGGCCUGGGCCUGAGCAUCGCUGGGAAACGAAAUGGAAGCGGAGUGUUUAUUUCUGACAUCGUGAAAGGCGGAGCCGCAGACUUGGAUGGGAGAUUGAUUCAGGGAGAUCAGAUCUUAUCUGUGAAUGGAGAGGACAUGAGAAAUGCCUCACAGGAGACAGUGGCCACCAUCCUCAAGUGCGCUCAAGGGCUUGUGCAGAUAGAGAUUGGAAGACUCCGAGCUGGUUCCUGGACCUCCGCAAGGAAGACGUCACAGAACAGUCAGGGCAGUCAGCAGAGCUCACACAGCAGCUGUCGUCCCUCCUUCGCUCCUGUCAUCGCUGGCCUGCAGAACCUGGUUGGCACGAAAAGAGUUUCAGAUCCUUCCCAGAAAAAUUCAGGCGCAGAUAUGGAACCAAGGACUGUUGAGAUAAACAGGGAGCUCAGUGAUGCCCUUGGAAUCAGUAUUGCUGGAGGAAGAGGAAGUCCGUUAGGAGAUAUCCCUAUAUUUAUUGCCAUGAUUCAGGCCAGCGGAGUGGCUGCACGGACACAGAAGCUUAAAGUUGGAGAUCGGAUUGUCAGCAUUAAUGGGCAACCUUUGGAUGGGCUGUCUCACGCGGAUGUGGUUAAUCUGCUGAAGAACGCCUACGGGCGCAUUAUCCUGCAGGUUGUAGCAGAUACCAAUAUAAGUGCCAUAGCAGCUCAGCUUGAAAACAUGUCUGCAGGCUACCACCUUGGUUCACCCACUGCUGAACACCAUCCAGAACACACAGAAACACCUCCACCUAAGAUUAUUACUUUGGAGAAAGGCUCUGAAGGAUUGGGGUUUAGUAUUGUAGGGGGUUAUGGAAGUCCCCAUGGAGACCUGCCAAUUUAUGUCAAGACUAUAUUUGCAAAGGGAGCAGCUGCAGAUGAUGGCCGAUUAAAACGAGGGGAUCAGAUUUUAGCUGUUAAUGGCGAGACCCUGGAAGGUGUCACUCAUGAGCAAGCAGUCGCCAUUCUAAAACACCAGAGAGGGACUGUAACCUUAACUGUGCUGUCGUGAGCCGCAGCCUGAUCACAAGAUAGAUGUUGUUUAGAAUAUCCACAGGCAGAUGAAGUUCUGAGUGGGUAUGAAAAGCACCCUCAACUACAAUGCACCUUCAUUCCUAUUUCUUGUCCUCUCUGCUCGGAGAAAUGGCUGAGGUUUCAUGUGAAUUUCCCAAGUCAACAGUCAUCUCCUAAUGUUUCCCUGUUUUUGUCACCUGUUGGUGAGGUUGAUUUCUAAAACUUAAAUGAGUCUUAUUUGUUUUGCAUUUAAUUUCAGGGUUCUGAUUUUAACCAACUGGUUAUGAUUAUAUUUGCCAAAACUAGAGUUAACUUCUCUUUUCUUAUGCCCUUGUUUCCCUAUCCCCUACUCAUACCGAGGCUUAACAACCUCAGAUCUCAUCCAAUGAACAGAAACAAAUGUUAAGCAACUUGUCAUCUCACUCAUGAUUUGUUUAUGAUAAUUGUCUCUUCAAGUAAGCAAAAAAACAUUAGCAGUGUAAUUAAUUUACCAACGAUAGCGCUGGGCGCAGUGGCUCACGCCUGUAAUCCCAGCACUUUAGGAGGCCAAGGCGGGCAGAUCACAAGGUCAG